ACUCCGACCACAUUUGUCUCCAUUUCCACAAAUCAAAUUCUCAUGUCCCUUCGAACAUGGAGCCAACUCUUACAACUAUUUGCCCACCCUAAUCGUAUUUCUAUCAAAUCAUCAUUUAUUUGCGCGAAACAUUGGUAUCCUGCAAUAAUUAUUUACUUCUACGUGGAAUAAACACCCAAAACAUACAUACCAAAUGUCAUAACCUACAAGUUCUUUGGUCCACUUUAGAAACCUUGAGGUGGAGGAACACUGAGGGUGCCUUUUUUUUUUGAAAUUAGGCUAUUAGAAAUAAUGUAAUUCAAGAUAAUAAUGUUUCAGUUUAAAGAUGAUGUAAUUCAAAGGUGCAACAAAGCAUUUGUUCUAAACUUUUCUAGAAUAUAAUAUUAAUGUUCCGAAGUCUAGAGCCAACAUAUAAACCCCACCAUGCAAACAUGUAUACUGUCACGUGUAUAUAACAGACAAUUAGCUUUGUUGUUCAAUAUUCACAUAUCAACAAAAGCAGUCCAUCGUCAAUCUAUCCUCAGAUUCGAGAAUCAUAUACUAAAAAAAAAACAGUUAAACACUAUCGUUCUAAUAUAAGUUAAAACAGCAGUUUUGACCAAAAGAUUGGUGUAUGAUGGACGUUGAAUCGGUGAUGUGCGAGUGUUGUGGCUUAACGGAAGAUUGUACGCAACACUACAUUAGUGAAGUCAAAGCUAACUUCGCCGGAAAAUGGCUUUGUGGACUUUGCUCCGAGGUGGUUAACGACGAAGUCAGCCGAGAUCUGAAGCAGACGACGUUGGAGGAAGCUCUUAAUGCUCACGUGUUGUUUUGUGGCAAGUUUAAAGCUAACCCGGCAGAACUGGUCGCUGCCGGCAUGAAACAGAUGCUACGUAGGAGGUCUGGUGACAUGUUGCCGGCCAAGUCCAAGAUGUUCGGAAGAUCUAAGUUCUAACACCAAGUCGUUGUGUACACAUCUUGUUCUCUCAGUACUUUCUUCUCUUUUAGCGUUGGCUAAUGUAUAAUACAAUAAAAAAAAUGUUAAUCAGUACAGUCAAACAACUAUUACCAGUAAUCUUUGCAAGAACACAAGCCGUCUUUAUAACAGUGAAACCUAGU